GGACCCUGGGGCCUGCCGCCGAGCGCUAACACAGCCUCGUCCCGCUCUCCACAACCCCAUCCCAAGACCUCAAGUUCGUGGCUGGGUGGCCUCCCCCUUGUCAGAACGUCGGGCCCAGGGACCGCGAUUGAUAGCCUUCUGUUUCCCCACGCGACAGAACCUUGGUUUCUUUCAUCAUUCUGCAUCUGAGAGUAUCUCCGAGCUCCCUCGAUUGAUGCGGCAUCCGCAGCAUCAGCAGCACCGCGCCUCAGCAACCUCGGCGCUCGCCGUGAGGCCGCCAGCCCGGUCCAUGCUGUCGCCGAGGUCCACUCCGCUCUCCUCCGGCGCCAUCGGUGGGGCUGUGGUAGGAGCAGUGGUCGGCGCCCUCCUCCUUACCUUGUGUCUCUGGCCCUUCGUUGUCCGUGCCAGACGUCGGCGCCUUCCCCGCCAUGGAACCGAUGGAGAUCCCGGCCUGGCCGAGAUGGGCCAAGGCCCCGGUCAUCCCAUCUUCACCUCGCACGUGGGAGACUUAGACGACAGCUCCUACAAAAGAACCUCGGGCUCCGCUCCCGAGACUGGCACCGUGCUCGAUCUCCAGCAGACGACCGAGUCAGCUCAGAAGCCUCACCCAACCCUGCAACAGGUGGUCCCUGCCCAGCACGGCCUCCCGCUGCCCGGCUCGUCUCCGACCUCGCCGGCGUCUGGGACUGAUCCACCAUUUCCGGUCGACGGCACGGACGCCUCCUAUCUGCCCGCCACCGCGCCUGCUCCCUCGCCGUCACCGGCCGAAGCUCCGUCGAAGCCGCCCUACGGCUCCGGACACGCUGUCGGCCGCGAGAUCACUCGCAAGUCAAGUGCUAGUGACUCGUACGGGCCCCCAAGCCGCGAGCUCACUGGCAUCACGUCGGUUGGCAUCACAGAGGAGCCUGAGUCCUUCGACCACCCAUCCAGUUCUCCCGAGCCCAGUCGCUUCCCUCACCUCAGAGAUUCUCUACGGAGCUUCCUUCACCGUCGCCACUCUUCGCACCGGCGCCGGGAAAGCCAGCGCUCUACCCUAGCCGGCGGUACCGACGGAACCCGGUCGCCAUCCGUCAUCACCAACGACGUUUUCUCGCAGGUGCCCACCGACCCGGCACCGUCAGGACUGGAGAUCGAUAUAGAAACCCCAGGCUUGGCUUGGGACUACUACCACGACCCAACUCUUGGCAUCGAGGCGUCUGACAGUUAUCCGCAGUCCACGCCGACGUCGCCCUCUGCAGCCGUCAUUCCGCCCACGUAUGGUCCGGCCUCCGCCGCGGCAGGUCCCUUCCUCCCAGCUGGGCAAGUUCCUUUGACGGGAGCAGCAGUCGCCUCGUCGAUGGCAAGGCCUGUGACCGAGGAACCGGACAGUGUUUUGCGUGACAGUAAAACGACACUAACACCAGCUACCUCCGGCGGCCAAAACACCUUCCUUCAGGGCAAGAGUUAUCCCACGCCGGUACUGCGCACCGACAGCCUGCCGCCCCCGACCAUCGUUGCCGACUUGCCCAGCCCGCCGUUCCUCCAAUACAACAUCGGGCCGAGUGGCAACCCCAUGGAGAUGAUGAGACCAACCAACCCAGACGAAAGCGCGUAUAGGCUGAACUACGAAAUGCGUAUGAUCGAAAACUCUCCGCCGCCACCGCCACCAAUGGCCCCGGACCCGAUCUCGUUCAUGCCGACGCCGGUGGAUGCAAUCACUUUCACCUGGCCCGACGACCAUCAAAGCGCCCCGUACCAGUCUUCGUACCACCCACCCUACCAUGCACCCGUCCCCGCCAUUCCGGAGCCCGGGGUACAGAUUUCUGAGGAGCCAGUCGUAUACUAUGGCACCGACAGUUUGACUACCCCGGACUACUCGACCCCCCCCGCUUCCACUGGCCGCUCGGCCGAGAGUACUCCGGAGACAAGGUUGACUUCGUCUUCCCCAUCUCCCUCUCCGCCAGCCGAGGUUGAGGCUACUAUCAGCGGGCAGUUAGUGCCGUCAUCAGGCCUUUCGCCCGGUCUGUCUUCCACAACGAUGUCGGGUCUUUCUCCGUCGUCAGGGCUGUCGCCGACUCCGUCUCGGGGACGCACCCCCGGGCCAUCUCCAGGCCACUCUCCGGGCCGGUCUCCCGCCCGGCCACCGGGAGGCUUCGUCUGCGAAGUUUGUGGCGCCGUGAAGAGCUCAUACCAUCAGUUUAAUCAUCACCGACGAUACCAUGACCGGCCAUGGCAAUGCAAGCAACCAGGCUGCGAACGGAGCUUUGGUACAAUAACACACCUCAAGCGACACAUCAACGACAAACAUUUCAAGACGCGCAAGUUCUACUGCACCCAGCCGAACUGCUCCUACUCAAGACAGGGCGGCAAAUCCUUCCCCAGGAAGGACAACUGGAAGAGGCACAUGCUGAACAAGCAUCACAUCGACCCGAAGGACAUGACAGAUGAGGAGGUUCUAGCCGACGUCGCUAUGGACGGGACAUGACCCUGCCGUUUCGGCGGAAGUCCCCAAUCUCGAUUCUGAGUGAACAACGGCCGCAGCUCGAUGCGGGGUUGCUUUGGCAGGAUUAGAUCGGUUGCUAUCCACCAGGAGAA